GGUACCUCAGGAGCUCAGCCAUGUCCGCAGGCACCGAGACCGCAGCUGCCCGUCAUGGGACUCGGGAGUUCCCUGAAAAAUGCACACUGGAGAAGUCUCUGGAAAAAAUCGUGGAUGUCUACCAUCGUUACAGCACCCGUGAGGGCAACUUUGACUCCCUCAACUUCAAUGAAUUCAAGACACUGCUGACCGAGCAGGCACCGACCUUCCUCCAAGCUUGCGGCAGGAACCGUCCCGACUACCUGAAUCAGCUCUUCAAAGAGACGGACCUGAAUAAGGACAAAGACCUGACCUUUGAGGAGUUCACCAUCGUCUUGGCCAAGAUCACCAAUGAUGCUCAUCAUAUCAUCCACAAGGAAGACCGUUGCACCCCAGACAAGGACUGAGCUGCAGUGUAUGGCCCAUGAAAAAUCUCUUGGGGGUUGCUUAUAGACACUGGGCUCUGGCUGCUUUCUGUCUGCUCCGCUCACUUGUGCUUGUGAGACAAUAAAGCAUG